UAUCUACUCGAUAUCUGCUCCUUAUUAAAUUCGCGGCUGCACUGUUUAUUGACAUACAAGUUUAAACUACCAACAGUAACACAGAUUAAAAUAUGAAGGUAUUUAUAUUUGGAUUAUUACUGGCACUUGCCAACGCCAGCCCUUUGCCUUUGAAUGAAGAAGUCGAUGGACCAGUAGAGUUCAUUGUCAAUGGUGUACCUGAAGGAGAAGCAUUAGACAUCGGUCAUAUUCUUGAUAUCCAGCUUAACAAACAUGUCGACGGUCAAGUGGUUGCUUCAUCUGACCUUCUGUACCCAUUAACUGCACAAGGGCUGGCUGAUGCUGCUGCGGCUCAAGAAAACGCUCCCGUUAGACCUGAUCCCGAAGGUUUACCUCUACCAGAAUCACCUGAACCUUCUCCGGAAGUAGUCAUCCCCGGUCCGAUAGUUCUGCCCAUGCCAGUCCUUCCUGAAGUACAACCUGAACCAGAGGUGGUCAUACCCGGCCCGAUUGUUCUGCCCAUGCCAGUCCUUCCUGAAGUUCAACCAGAACCAGUACUAGUAGAAGAAGAGGCAUCUCAAAACCCGAAUGGUGAGAUUUUCAAUGACGGUAAUGUACAAGUUAUUGUCAACGGUCCCGAACAACCUGGAGUGCUCUCAUCUAUCCAAAGCUGGUUCCAAAUGUUCCUGAACUACUUCAGCAACGGCGUGCAAACCACACAGCAGAUAUUCUAAAUUUAAAGUGAAUUUAAAAGGCUGCUUUAUAAUCGGUUAUGUAAAAUUUUGUAAAUG